AGGGCACAAAAAUUUUACUGUCUAAGUUGUUUUCAACGUUGCCAACAUAUUGCGCCCACAAACAUUUAGAGCAUAAUUUACAAAACAAAACCAUACUUUAUGUAUAUUUACAUUUUGACUAGCUUUAUAUUUUUAGGUUCUCGUUGUUGUAUAGAAAAAGAUUCCAACAUGCCUUACAUUAUAAUUUCUACAAUGAUUAGAACGGAAAGUGGACCAACCAUUGUAGGUGAUGAAUGGUCAGAUCCAGAACUAAUGAACUAUCUCAAAGCAAAACUUAGCCAAGAAUAUGGAAAUAAUUUUAAAGAAUAUCGUUCACCAGACCCCCCACGGGUAAUUUUAAACAAGUUGGAAAAAAAAGGCUACCACGUUGUCUCAAUGGCUGGUGCGGGACAAACAUGUUUAUGGACUUGUUAUGGAAAAGAAUGAAACUGAAACUUCAUUUAUAUCAAUACACAAAGGUCAUCAUCAUCAAAUGCAAUCCAUGAAGAUAAAACUUCAUCAAUUGUGUAUCAAUUCCAUAAGUUAGAUUGGAAGUAAGUGUAGAUUAUCAGUUUUGAAUUUUGCAUACUUGCCAUUUGUUGUAUAAUAAAUCUGUAGUCAUUGUAAUAACUUGUAAGUUAUGAAUGAAAUUGUUUUAGAUA